AUGGGAUGUCAACAUGAGGAUAGUGUGGCUGGUCGUUUUGAAAAGGUUAUUGCGCUUUUUCUGGAUGGAAUCCCUCGGCCUUUUGUUCGGGUUGAGCCCGAAGUGAAAUAUGGUGUCACAUUUGAUUUCAGCCUGUUUGGGUUCUCACCAGAUUACACGGGCCAGACAGAAACGGUGCUUUUUCCCGAGUUUCGGGAAAGCUUCCUCUUUGAUGCUGUUUGCUUAUGUCAGUGGCAUUCUCCAUCACCGAGUGCAAGAAUUGGAGCCCAUUAUUCUCCGUAUGUAGGGACAUUUCGGCUUGAUUGGAAAGGUCCACCUUUCCGAAAUGUUCUGUCGUCUUCUCAGCGACAUGCUGUGAGAAUUCCCAUUGAAACCUGCGAAGAAAUGCAAAUAGCAUCGUCCAAUUUAGACCGGGAACUACGCACUUCACUACUCGUUGAUCUCUACGAGAAGAUUGCUAAAGAACAUUUAUCUUGUGAUAGGGAUAGUUUGCGACGUAUAAUUGUUUUGGCAACCUUGGGUGUACCUGCAGAAUAUAGGAUUAUUGUCGAGCGUGUGGUAUCUGAGAUUAAAAAAGUGUACAUGAGGGCGUGUACACAUGCUAUAUAUCAGUAUAUGAAUCAGAGCUCACUUUUUCGUCAAAUUGUUUCACCAUUAUGCCUAGAUAAUGCCGAGGACAACCAGUCGACUCUUUUCAAACAAGAGAUUAUGAGUGAAGAAGGACGUUUCGAGGUAUCUUUACUUUUUAAUGCAUCUGCUUCUUCUUUGAAAGCGUCGUUGCCCUGGGGUGUGAGAACUCAUCAAUUUUUCAUGGACUUGCAAAAUAUGUGGAUGAACCGAUUUGAUAGACUUGUUAUAUUUGACACAACAACUGCUAAUUGGAAAACUGAUGCUGAAGGAUUCCUUGGUCAAUUAGAAUGCUCAAUGAGAGCAGCUUUUACUAAACUGAGAAUUGAAUUCUACACUCAAUUGGAGCAGAUCUUGUUUGGUACAAUUCGAGAGUCUGGGAGAUUCAUGUCGUUGGAUUCGCAGACUUUGAAAGAAAGCGAACUAGGACGUAUUUUCUUGGCUGUGCGUGUUUUUCUUGUGAAUCACGUUAGAACCCUUAUUCUUGACGCCUUGAAAGACCUAGUGUUUUUUUUUGAGUCUGCUGGGGACUCUAUUGUCCCGCUUUCCAAGGCUCGAAAAAGGCCCCUUCUUGAAGUUUCUCUCACUGUUGGCGGGUGUGGCUUGCCGCGUUCAUCAUCUUUUGCCCGGCUUAGGUUCGGCAUAGCUGAUCUUUUGGAUGAGUUGCUUGAUAGUGCCAAUAGUCUUCCCACUCCUGAGGUUGUCAUCAUGCGAACACUCGAUUUUGAAAGACGCUCAUUAAACUCAUUUGAUGCCGCUGAACUUUCUAUGAAGGCUGUCCUGGUGAAGUGUCUUGAUGCUACUGGCUGUGUGAUUGAAGAGUUGACGGAAAAGUACUCGGAGUUUUCAAAUUUACCACCACUAACUGGAGCCUACUUUACUCGGGUAAAGAGCACAACAAUUCAAGAUCAGGUUUGUUUACUUCGUGAAGGUUUGGAGAAAAUUGGCAAGAAUUCUCCAGAUGUUGUGUUUUGCGGUUGUAUCGCCAUUAAUUGUACCGAAGUUAAGAGGUAUUAUUCUGAACAGUGGUUGCGUUAUAUUGAAAAUUAUUUGGCUGCAAUUCAGAGUGAUUUUCUGACAUAUCUGAUAGCAUCUGUGGAAAGGUGUCGUUGCCAUAGCGAGAGGUUGAGUAAGGAGCCCAAAAGUGUUGAGGAAUUGGAAGAGUUAUGCCGUGUUAUUAAGGACACCGAAACUCUCUCGAAGGAGGUCGAAAUGAACGAUUGCAAGAGGGUAAUCGAAUGGUUUGAGUGCUUGGAGAGUCUUAGAAUACCUGUGAAUGUGCAAUUGUACGCAGCAGCGGUGGAAUUGAUGCGGCGUCCAAGUGAGUUGAUGAAAUUAGCCUGGGAGGCUGAUGAAAUCCGUGCCAAAAGUAGACCGUUCCUUAUUGAGAAGCUGGGGGCUUUGCGUAACAACACUCGUAGUCAAGUGACGACAAUACGCGACGGUGUAGAUGAGCUAUUGAGCUUGUUUAACCUUGAUGUUUGUGAUAUAGCGGCUCAGACCUGUGAGGAGCUUCGGGUUAUUGUCGAUCAGGUUCUUGAGGCUAUUGACCACAUUUCUUAUUGUGAGCGAUCUCUCGAAAUUGAAGAAGUAGACUCUUUUGAGGAUUUUUUUCCUUUACUGAAGAGCUUUGAAGUAUUGGAACAGUUUUGGGGCGCUGUUUUUGAUUCAACUGUUGUCAAAGACUAUUACAAGUGCUCUGUUAACAAUCUUGCGGCUGAAAAGAUGAUCGAAAAUGUUCAGCAGUGUCGACGACUUCUUCACUCUUCCACGCGUAGUCUUCGUGCUUAUCCAGGAUUGGUGCGGUUAGGUCGCCAACAGGAACAAGUAUUGACUGAUUUUGAGUCACUUGAGGGUAUUCUUAUAUGUAUAACGACCCCAGGUCUUCGCAAAAGUCAUUGGAAAGAAAUUGCACGUAUUCUUGGUCCAGAACUAAAAGGCAACAAACAAAUCGAUUCAAGUGUAACAUUACGAACCCUACUGGAGGCUGGUAUUCAAGAUCACCUCGAUGAAUUACAGCGAGUGGUGGACCCUGCUCUUGUUGAUUUUAACACAGAAGCUGCUUUAGAACGUAUGAAGAGCGAAGCCAAAAAGACUCGUUUUCUCUUUGAGCUUGUUGGAGGAACCAAGGAUGCUUUUGCCUUUUCUCCUGCAUGUAAAGAAUCUAUACGCUGUCAAUUGGAGUCAUUUCUUUAUGAUUUGAGAAAGCUGCGUCUUCAUGAUUCUCUAAGUCAUUUUGUUGUGAACUCCAUUAGUGAAUGGAAGGCUGCUUCUGAAAAGAUGAGAGGUACUUUGCAAAGCUGGGAGGAGGUUGAACAAGAAUGGAUAGAAAUUUUACACUUUGGCAUGACCCUUGAUUCAAUGACCGAUGAUGAGGUGCCUGUGCCUGGGUCUCGUGAAUGGAAGUUUUUACACGAGAAGGUAAGCUCAAUCAAUGACAUUUUUAGAAUUUUGUCCACAACAUUACAGAAACCACAGUACACUCUUUUUACCGCCAUGAUGCAGGAAAAUAUUCAAGAAGAACUCACUUUGGCGUGUACAAUUUUGAGUGACAUUAAGAAGGUACUCACAGGAUUAUUUGAUUCGAAACGAGAGGCAUUUCCAAGAUUUCACUUCCUUAGUGAUGCUGAGAUGUUUUCAUUUCUUUCGGUAUUGAAUAAGACGUCGUUGACGCGUUUGCUUUCAAAAAUGUACAGUCGUGUUUUCGAUGUUAAUGUCGAAAGUAAUGCAGUCACGGCGUUUAUCACUGUUGAUGGGGCAACACUUAGGGCGGAGGAGCCAAUUGCCUUAUCACCAGUUCCCAUUGAGCGUUGGAUGGGGAUAUUUGACAAGAACAUGCGCUUCUCUUUGCUUCGUGAAUUGCACAAUUCUGUUGAAAGCCAUUACCACCUCGAUCCUUUAACCUGGUUGCGUGAUUCAUGUGUACAGGUGGUUGACGUGGCUCUUCGUGUGAUUCACAAUCGAGAUUUGCGUGAAGCUUUAUCUAUUGCGGGUAGUGCUGGUAUUACUGCUUAUUCAAAGCGUUUGAAGGAUCUUACGGAAGAAUAUAUACGUCUCGCUGGUGGAGGUAUGGAUGGCAUGGAACGCCGCGUUUUUUCUAGUGCAAUUACACUCCUUUUGCAUUGCGGACGAGAAGUUCAAAUGAUAUUGAAGUCAGGUGUGCAAACAACAGAGGAUCUUGAUAGAACAGCCAUGCUGCAGACUGUCAUGGACAAUGAUGGAAUUGCUGUUCAAAUGCUGGGAUUUCGUUUUAAGUAUGGGAUGGAGUUUUUGGGCAACUACACUGUUCCCAUGUUAACUCCUGAAUUCGUCGAAAAGGCAUUAUACUCUGUUUUUGUGUCUUUUUCAGCGCCAUCUUUUCCCAUACUUGUGGGAGAGCCUGAGGAGGGCUCCUCUCUGGAAUAUUGUGCUCAAUAUCUGGGUCGUUUUUGGUACUGCAUUCAAUGCCACCCGCAACUCACAUUGGAAAGGAUAGCGCGGGGAAUGCGCGGCGCUUUGAGUGUGGGUGCUGUGCUUUGCUUAAAGGAUGUUGACCUCUUGAAAAUGAGUCUUCUUCGACCCAUCACCAAGCUGCUCCAAAGCGUUGAAUCUGCAUGUCGGACCGGGAAGGAGCUGCAUGGGGGUGGCCUUCCCGAGGUGUAUUUUGAAGUAGAUGGCGACACCAUGUCUGUGCAUAGAGACCCCUGCUUUCAAGUUGUUCUCACCGCACGCGAAUACAAUGCAAUUCCGACGAGUCUCGGUCUCGCGUUUCGACCUAUUUUCUUGCCACCUGUUGAUCUAUCAGUACUUGCGCAGGGUACUCUUCAGGCGCUUGGUUUUUCUCAAUGCAUGGCCGUGGGCCAAAGAUUGGCGGCAAUGUACGCUCAGUUUAUGGAGGUUUCACCAUCUAUCUUUACAUUAAGGAGUUUCUUGUUCUUCAUACGGGAUGCUGCUAAUAAUGAUUCAGGAACAUUGGCAGAAAAUCUCUGUACAUCUUUUUUGUACCAGUUUUGGCAGGUGGUGCGAACGAGUGAGCUCCUAGGAAAACUACUGGAAUGGAAUGUGGUACAUACGCUUGGCAUUUCGCAAGAACUCUGGGAGGAUGCGUUGACACGGGUCAAGGCAAUGUCAGGGUUUGACGGUCUCUUGGAGCAGUUCACCCGUUUUAUAACAUUUAAUACAAACGUGGUGCUUGUGGGACCUGUUUACUCUGGGAAGACAAGACUUUGGAAGCGAUGGGUUGGCAAUGCACACUAUGCUGUGUUUUCUUUUCGUCUGAUGAGUUCUGCCGAGGUCUAUGGUGACGCCCGCCAACCAGGUCUCCUUAGUUCUUUGGCAAAGCGAUGGGAUCCACUGGUAAACCAUACAAUUAUCAUUGAGGGCGCAAGCCUUUUGCGGGCGUCCAUUGCUUUUGACGCGCCAACGUUUCAGAGGAUCCGGCCGUAUUCAUGGGCAGAAUCUGUGAAGAGCCCCCUGAUGCGUGUCAUCAUGGUUACAUCUGCGCUUGAUAACGCUAAUCCGCGUGUGAUGACAGAUUUUGCUGUCUUCGCCUUGUCUGGACCAACCAGUUGGAAAGCGUAUCUGAAGGAGCUUCUCCUAUCCGAACCGAGCUACCAUGCGGCGGUUGCCUUCCCUGUCAUGGCGAGUUUAAUCGAUGGUAUUAUGGACACGCGACUCUCCCUGGAUCAAUCAGAUGUGCCUCACGAAAACAAGUUUUCUGUGUCCCAGCGAUGCUCUCAUUUGUACAAGCGCUGGUUUGUCUAUGCACAGUCGCGGUGUACGAGUCGUGAGGAAUGGAUUAGCGAGUCAGCCUUUGCUUUGCAGUGUGCCGUAUUUGCGACCUGCUGGUCUCUUGGUUUACGUCUGCGUGAAGAAGAGCGUUCUGUUUUGUCUGGAGCCCUUGAGAAGGUGCAGUCAAAACUGAACAAGGUGGCGAAGGAAAUUGGCUUUACCGAUGAUGUUCUGCCGCCUCUCGAGAAUGACAUUCUGUUCUACAUUGCAACUCCAGUUGGGUGGAAGAGGCUUGGAAAAUCGGCAGUGGAGGCCGGCUUUACUAGUGUGUGGGCUCAUGGAACUGCUGAGUUGGAUCUUCAGAAGCGAGUCUGGUCGCAUUUUUUUCACUUUCCCUCACGUGAGACGACACUUACGGCAUUGGAACAUUUGAUUUGUGCUGGACAGCCCAUGAUCCUUAUUGGAAAGGGCGACCAGGGCAAGUCUACCAUCCUGCGCCAUAUGCGGAAGAACGAGCAGUGGGAGCACCAGAUGGUGUAUAACAACGAGGGAUGUAAGGCUGUUGAAGUACAGGAAAUAUUGCUACAGAGUCUCUCGUUGCGUCAGUCAAAGUUAUACGGACCUUCUGUAGGACGGAGGCUGGUGCUUUGUGUCGAUGAUGUACACCUUUCUGGUGACAAGAGUUCCUCCCAAGCCAUGGAUCUCUUUUCAUUUAUUAACCGUUUCUCCGCCAUAUGCCCACCUUCGGUCGGGUACAUUCCCAUCACCGAUGUGGUGUGCGUAGGGAGUUCCCCCCCUGGGUCUUCGUACACCGCAGAGGUGGAAGGCACCAUGGUUAGACUCUGGCUACCUCAUCUUGAGGAAUCGGAGGUGUUGAAUGAGGUUCGAAAUCUCCUUAACGCUGCUUGUGCGACACGCCGAGGGUUAGUGCUGCCGCGAGAGGUUUGUGCGUUUCUCGCCAGUGCCCAGGCCGCCGCAUUGCACCUGAUGUUCCAUGAGCUUGUAGGGAAGCGACGCGGCACAUCCGCAGAGGCCGACAGACUGGUGAAUGGAGAAGAUGAUGAUGCUCCAAAUGAAUACAAUCCACGUCGUACCUUUGGCUCCGAUUUUAAAGGCAGAGUCCCUCUCUCGUAUAUAAACCUGUUCAUGAAAAUAUCGGAUCGGGUGUUGCGUUUUCUCAGUACGCAGUGGGAGGACCGUGACGCCGUGAUAAAUGUUUUCUGCACGGUGUAUGCCUUCUACACGACUAUGUUACAUGCUCCAGAGCAGCAGCAGCAACUUCAAAUAUUGCUGAAACAAUCAGCCAAUGCAACCCUCAACAAUUGUUUUGGGUCAGAUCCAGUCUCUUUUGAGCAGAUUCGCGACGAGCCCGUAAUGGAAGGAUAUGGUGACACUGAAUUACCGCCUUAUACCGCCUCAAGUGCACAGGAGUGGUUGCGAAAGUAUGAAGCUGCUGUGGCAUCAAAUGUAAUUGAAGAGCCACUCAACACCGACAACAGCACAGCCGUAGUCUUUGUCCCACCACCAAUACAGGGGCGAAAAUCAGCGGCUGUUUUAAAAAAGGCACUGGCGCCGCGGGUUUCGCAGGUGAAGUACGCGUCACGUUGGAUAACUUUUUUGACUGCGACACUUCACCAGUGCCUGCGACAGGAGCAGACUCACGUCGCGCUUAUUGGACCUUAUGACCGAGGAAUUCGUAGGGCUAUUCGUGUGUGGGCGACCGCAGUGCACGUUCAUGUGGCUUUCCUUCGCGACAAUUACGCCGGACCCACCGCCAAUGAAUACUUCAAGAAGGAUCUCAUUGAUAUCUUACAACAUACGUGCCGCCACGACGGCAGACUGGUAGUAUUCGUCCCCAAUAGCAUGCUUGCGCUAGGAUGGCCGAUGGGCCAACUAGAUGCAAUUGUGCGCGGUGGCAACAUGUCACAGCUCUUCACGUUCGACGAGCAGUUGUUUCUGUUGCACGGCAGACGGGGCAUCCGACGCACUUCUGGACGACUAACAGUGAGCGAGCACGCAGAGUUACGCCGCCGCGUCUGCAGGCGCCUGAGCCUUGUAGUACACUUCCAGAGUCAUGAAGAGGUGAUACGCGUGGGGAAAACAAUGCCUUUGAUUUCCAUAAUGUCACCAGUGCCGUUGCGGGCGUCAGAAAUGCUGAAGGAGCUCGUUGACAUACUCCUGAGCACAGACGAAUUUGAUCACCAGGUAGCACUCGAUACUUCUUUGAGGGUCAGCAACAACAACAACGACAUGAGCGUCUCAAUGAUGUCAGAUGUCACAGAGUUGGCUGCGCGUCCCUAUGCACAGCUCUUGUGUGAUAUUUUCGAUGCGAUGAAACUGAACAUUAACCUGCAGGUGGAACAGCUUCUAGAAUUUGUUUUUCAGGCCCAACAGCUCCGAUGGUUUUUGUGGAAGCUUCGUCGCCAUUCUGCACAAUCGCGACAUAUCGCUGAAUUGCCCAAUGCCAUUAUCGCCAAGAAAGAAGAAUAUGAAGCAUCUUACAACGAGGCAGCUCAAGCAAAGGAGACUGCUGAACAGCAGAUGCGGGUUCUCCUUGAUUACGCGGGGGAGGAAGAGCAACAGGCGUUCAUAUAUGAAAAUACAGCAAAUCGUCACCAUCAAGAGGCAACCGCUACGGAGUUAAUCAUCAUCCAGGAAGAGGAAGCAAUGCAGGCAAAGACAGGAAGCAUUGCCGCCGCGCUCACUGGUGCGUCAACACGCUUGAGUGCCAUGAAAUCCACACAAAUCAAGCAGUUUGCCACUCUGCCUCCCAUUACAAAAGGGGCGCAGCUCGUGAAGGCGGUCUGCAAGAUUCUUGGUGAGGAGGUGCCGCCUGGGACUUCCAAGGAAUUAUGGGAGUACGGCAAAUCGAUUAUGACAGCCCCAAAAUUUGCAUCACGGUUGCUAGCAGUAUUGCCGAGCAGUUUGACGCACGAGUCUUUCUCACAGCUCCACGCAUCCCUGCGUGAGGCGCGCUUUGGUGAAUUGUCACCAUUUGCUAGCGCGGUUGCGGAGUACGUCGUCAGCCUCAUGGAGGCAUCACAUGUGGGAGAGGAGGUUCGUGAGAUAUAUGCACGACUGAAUGAGAAGCGCCUCAUGUACUCAGAAUCCAGAGGCAAGAAGAGUGAUGCGGAAAAGAAGGCAGACGAGGCCUCAAGAAAAGCGGGAAGCGCCCACGCGGAGGCUCGGGCUUUAGAGGAGAAGUGUAAACACUUCAGUUCGGUAAUGGAGGAUGCAACGAAACGUCAACACGCUCUCGUGCUGCUUACCGAUAUCGUUGACCGCUUCGCUCCAUUUCACUCUCCAGAGGAGGCGGCAGCAAGAGAGGAGAUGGCAGAAAUCGGAGAGGGAGCUGUCCUUAUGGUGGCUGCUUACCGUGCCUUCUUUGCAGCGUUACCGGCGACGGAGCAGCAAUUGUGUUUCGAUCAGCUAGAGUUAUUGCUGAGUUCGUGGGAUGUUGCGAUGCCGAAAAACCUACAGGAUCCCAUUGUCUCGUUGUUAUUUCCGACUAUGACUGAUAUUACCGACAGCGCGCUUGUAAGAACUUUCUCUAUUCAUGAACGACUGUGUGUAAGUGCGCUAUUACAGAGGACACAUCUUCACUGGCCAUGCUUUGGUGGAGUGCGUCCGACCUUUGAGAGGGUUGUAAAUCAGUGUCUCAAGUCUAUGUGCGGGGACUGCAUAGUGACAUCGGCGCUUGACAAUAACUUCUCUGAGGGUUUAUUGGAGGCGGCAAAAAAUGGUUGGGGCUUGCUGCUUUGUGAUGUCAACCAGCAUUUUUUGCUGAAAAGACUACGUGCGUUGCUACUCCUCCAGCCAAGUUUGCGGGAGGCGCGGAUGCGGAAUGAUCCAUUGAAAUGUUCAUUAUUUGGGGAAAACGUGGAGAUUAACCCCUCCUUUUUCCUUGUAUGCGUUUCGUCUGCAGUUGUGCAGCUCGAUGAGGCAGGCCACGCGGCGUCGCGGCUCAUGACAAUUACCAAUUUUCACCUCACUAUCAGUGCGAACGAUCGUCUGAACGACGCCCUUCUACUGACCCCGAAUGCCAACGAUGGGGCUGAGGUAAAUGAUCUGUUCGGCGCACCGAAAGAUGACAAGAAUGUACUCGCUAUCUUCCGCGAUGCUAUUCAUGAAGCAAGUUCUUUGCUAUGUGAGAAUAUUGAAAUUAUUACAGGAAACAAGGACGGCGUGCUCGAUCGUCUCGAUAAACUCGUCGGGGAUCUUAAUGCGUAUCAUGUCCGUGUAUCACGCAUUUCGCUUCAGCAAGAGUUUGUGCAAAAACGAGUCACGGAAUCAUGGAAAUACCUCAAGUAUAGUAUCUACUCUGUGGAGCGUGCACUCAGGGUUAUUGAGACGAAGAUCCUUGGUAGACACUGGAGUUCACGUAAGCUGGAGGCACUAAUAACAAGUGUGAUGGAGUUGUCACGACCAUACCAGCGGCGUAUCUCACCCAACACAUUUGAAUCUAUACCGGAGAUGCAUAAGGAGUUCUACGCAUCGACCAAUUUUGUCGAGCGAGUUGUUCAAGUGUUUGCUUGCGGCUGGCCAUGUGAGUUACGUGGGCUUUUCGCGUGGUAUCUACUCUCCGCCGUGAUUAAUGAAUGUGGGAUUAUUCUGCGCCUCAGAGGUGAACUGUAUUCUUCUUCUACAGUGUUGCUCAACCGUGAGCAGUACAAGGUGCUGGAUCGCUUGCUGGAUAGAAGAAUUGAUGCUAUUGACGAAGAGUUUGUUCACAGCGCGUGUGCCGCGUCAAGCGAUGCUUUGCUCAAUGAUCUAGCUUUUGUCGCUUCUCACUCUAGUAUCAGUGCCGUCGACAACCGACUUUGUGGGGAUGAAGAACAGAGUGGCGGUGGUGAGGGACUGGUGCGUAGCUUCUUUGCAAACUGGAUGAAGCUUAACUAUGUAACAUGUGAGUGGAUUGCUUCCCAUCUCUACGAUGCGUUUAUCUUCGCUGUGAAGGAGCAAAACACCGAUGGGGAGGAUGAGGUGGCUAUGCUGUACGAGUACAUUGGUCAGCAUCCAGCAAGUGUUCACUCCAUUGAGGAGUGGCUACGAUUUAGUCUAAGUGCCGGCGUUCCAUUCUCCUUGAGAGUACCAGACCUCCACCAAGGGGUAAAACGUGUUGAGCAGCGCGCCAAAGUGGCGAAUUUAUCAUACCAUUUCCACCGUAUCUCAACCCCAGAGGAGAUGGAACAACUCAUGGAUAAUGUGUCGGAGUACUUCCGUACUCGCCCCCUAAACCAAGGGCGCGGCCACUGCGUCUUGGCUAUGCUGGUUCCCCCCACCGAUGCCUCCAAUGAAAUUGUGUUUGCUGAGGCCUUGUCGGCGCAGCUCUCACGCUUCUGCCAGUACGGCGCGUGGGGCCAGCUACGGAACGGGGAUACUUCCCGCUUCCCAGUGCUAUUGUGCUGCGCGGUGCGUGACUUGCUGAGAGGCAAACACGGUGCAUGUGCUCAAAUGCUGGAGAAUUGGUGCUUUGCCAUGACAUCAGCGAUGUCACUCUCUCGGUUUCAUCUGCUGAACUUGCUGCAAGAAGACUCUGUCUUUGCGCCAUGGAAACGGGAAGGCACAACACUUUUGUUGGAAGGAUCCUACACAACAGAACGAUUUCAAGAAAGGCAAAGUGGUACUGCCAGACGGCACGGCAUUGGAACACCGCAAGUGCCCAAGAUAAUGAAUGCUAUUGAACUACACGUUGGCCUUAUUAGCUUGCAGAUCAUAAGACACGCCCUGUGGGACGAUAAGGGUUUUGGUGACGUCCUAUUCACAAUCAACCAUGGAACCGUAGAUACUGAGGACCUUUCCCUCAUCCUUCGUCUCACCGCAAUGUGGGUGCGCAACAAUCAAAGCGUGAGAGCCAGAACGACUUCAUCAAAGCGGCGUUCGGUGCGUUUGCCAAGUCGAUUAAGCCACAAAGUCUCUGUUGCUGAAGAUGAAAACGAUGGGCAGAGACAAUACCUUGAACGCGUCAAAAGCGUGUUUAACAAGAUAGCUUACAGUAUCUAUGCGGCUCGUGUGUGUGGCCCGCAUUGCAGCUUGGCUAUAGGUGAAAUCUUGCGACAACGAAUGUCCACAAACGAAUCUGAGCUGACUCAGUUCCUCAGCGCCAGCGUUGCCAUUGAUGAGACUGCAAAAAAUGGAUUUUCAGAUUCAGCAUUCCUUAAUGAGCUUCAACAGUCAAAUGAUGAUUUCUAUGGGCUUUGUGGAGAUGAUACUUCUGCUGAGGCUUACCGCGAUCUGAUCGAUGGCUACGUGCGGAACCUUCUGUACGGUAGUCGUAUCCCGCCUAAAUUAGAAGUACCCGCCGAUUAUGCAGGUGCGGCGCAAAGCACGAAGAGUACACCACUCACCACUCCUUCUGCUUCCUCUUCUACUGGUAUUGCUUUGAAAAGUGAGUCGCCAGCUAUGGGUGAUAUCAUUGAAUUGAUGUUUCUUUGGGAAGAUGGUCACGGUGAGAGGCUCGAUGUGGCGCUGAAAGCUGCAGGGAACGUAGAAAUGGCUGCACGUGUGCGAGCGGCAGUGGAGCGGCUCCGUUGUUGGAUGCCUGGUGACACACUUGCCGUAUGGCUGCCAUCUCUGCGACAUCCACGACUCCUGCUGCAUGCUUUCGCGGCACAGGCGGUGAGCCGCAAAGCGGAUGAGCUUCAUCGUGUGGGUAUGGUGUUGGUGAUACUGCGGCGGUAUAAUCUUCUGCAUGAUGACAUUGUCCUCACUGACGCGUGGCCGUCGAGCCCUCUAGAGCAGGAGGUACUCCUGCACACUGACUGGGACGUUUCUUGUCUCUCGUGGAAGAAAAGCGCUGGUACAGAGGACACAGAGGAGGAUGUAAUCAUUGCUGCACGCUUCCAGAGAGUGUCGGAUGGGGAUUCAGCAGGGCGGCUGAACGACGUGAUGUGGGACGUGCGGCCCGGUGAGAAGCUUCUAGAACAAGUUACCACCACACAACUAAACCGACCUAGCAUUGUCUUUUUGACCGGCAUCACCCCAGAUGUGUUCCCUACAACUUCGGAAGUGCAGGCCUCGAGUGCGCUGCCUCUGGUCUGUGCCGUCCCCACAGCAUCGAAGCUUGAUGCGGAGACCGAGUGGCGCAAGCUCUUUGACCUGCCUCUGUAUGUCAUAUUGACGGGGAGCGAUGGCAUUCAAAAGAAGCAAACAGCUCCACUGAGCCGGCGGCGACACACGGUGGGGGAGGCUGAUCCGACGUUCUCUGUGUCGCGAAGGGCUGUGCAGGAGUCGUCACUGUCUGUUCUUCAGAGCAGUCAAAGUUUUUUCGUGGUGAUCUCGUAG